AUGUCUACCAUAGUAAAACCGAUUCCUAUCACAGUAUUCACAGGGUUCUUAGGAAGUGGUAAAACGACACAGAUAUUGAACUUGUUGCGCAAGGUGCCGAAGGACUAUAAGAUUUGCUUAUUAAAGAAUGAAUUCGGAGAUAUUGAAGUUGACAGUCAGUUGGCUAAAGAGUCAAACAUUGGGGUACAAGAAAUGGUGAACGGUUGCUUAUGCUGUGUACUCGUAGGUCAGAUGAAGUUGGCUUUACAAGAACUCAAAGAAAAAUAUAAUCCUGACAGAAUUGUUGUUGAGACAAGUGGUUCCGCGUUUCCUGCACCUAUCGCAUGGCAAAUUAGAGAAAUGGAAUCAGAGGGGUUCACGCUUGAUUCAAUCAUUACAGUAAUCGACUGUGAAAAUUUCAAUGGCUAUGAAGACACCAGCUAUACAGCCAAGCUACAAGCUCAAUAUACCGAUGUCAUCUUACUUAAUAAGUAUGAACUUGUAGAUGAACGUAGGCUGGACUCAGUGUUGGAUGCUGUCAAUGUUCUUAAUACCGAUACUCCCAAAGUAAAAUGCGAGAAAGAUGGUAUUUCACCUGACCUUGUCUUUGGACUAGACACACAGCUGUUCAAAAUAGGGUACAGUCAUGCUCACACAUUGGAAUCAAUGGUAUUUGAUCCACAUCACCAGAAAAAUGAAGUGGAUUUGAUACAGGUCACUCAAAAUGUAACCGACAGAAGACUUGAUAAAGAAGAAUUAGAGACCUUUUUGAAAUCAAUGCCCAAGGAUGAUAUCUAUCGUAUCAAAGGAUUUAUUCGAUUGAAUGACGGUCAGUUAGUCAUUAUCAACCAUGCAUUCGGGCGAUACACCAUGACACCUGUGGAGAAUGAAGAAACAUUAGAAAAUACAAAGGACGUGCAAGUAAAGGUCACUGUCAUGGGACAAGAUUUAAGAAUGUAUACAGAAAGAGUCAAGGGGUUAUUAAAUGGUCAAGAAGGCGAAGUCAAACUGACUCUGGCCCAUCGUCAUUAG